AUAUCCAUUUCUGGUAACAAAACGAUUACGCAAAGAGUUGAAUAAUAUAUAAAGAGACUAUUGAAUCGGGAAUAAUCGGAUCUAUUCGUUUUCAAUCGAAGGACGCCAUAUUUUUAUUUUUUUAUUUCAACUGUAUGCCAUUUUUUGUUUUUAUUCCCAACUCGCGAGACGUUUUAAGUAUCCAAGGGAAUUUUUUUAAGCUUUAAAGAAUUUUUUUUUAUUAUUUUCUAAUCACACUAAUUGCUAAUUGAUAAUUGUAGUGACAAGUGUUGAUUGGUGAAAAAUAAACCGGCAAGAGUGAAAUAAACAGAUUUUUGUUAAGUUUUACUAUAUUUAGACUUUUAGUGUAAUUUGUAUUAAUUAGGAAUAUUUUUGAAUUAUUUUAACUAUAAGUGAGUAUUUAGGAAAUAAGUUUGAGAAUAUUUACAGUGACUAAAUGCUUGGAUAUUAAUGAUUAUAAAAAUAAGAAACAAUACUGAGGCUUUGAUGGUAAUAACACCCGGAGGUGUACAAUGAGCGACGGAAUUGUCGGUGCUAUCGCAAUAAGUUUAUUCGGUACGAGUUCAAGUGGCGGCGAGAAGAAGAAGCGAGGACACGAGACCAUGGAUUCGGAAUAUGCGAUGCUUGGUGGUGAUCUUGACGUCUGCAGGAUGUUUGACCAGUAUUCAUACAAGAGAAGCGACAAUCUCGAUUUGUCACUGAACGUGCCGCAGCACCAUCAGACAUCGUAUCACCACGAGGGCGGUUACAAUAUGGCUGACCAGACAUUUCACACUCCAAGUUUCGGAGAUGAAGACUUCGAUAUUCCCAAUAUUCAUCCUCAUCAGCAUCAACAGCAACAUCAACAGCAACAACAUCACCAGCAACAACACGAUCCCAUGCGUGGAUAUCAAUCUCAGAUGAUGCAAGGUGGUGGAAUGCAACAAUCACCAGAUGGGCUGAGUCUGGAUUCCGGCGGAUACCAACAGCCCUUAUACCUUCAGCAAGAACACUCAAUGCAGCCAAUCAAUGUCAGCUCUGCGUACACAAGUCCCCAAGGUUCUUACACAUCAAUGAGUUCACCGAACCAGCAGCACAACAAUCAGCAGUUACUGAUGAUGCAGCAGCAACACAAUCAGCACCAGCAACAACAACAGCAACAGCAACAGCAGCAACAUCAACAGCAAGUUCAAAUGCAGCAACACAUGCAGUACAUGCACUCACAGCAGCAAAUGCAGCAGCAACAGCAACAGCAACAACAGCAACAAAUUCAGUACCGAAGUCCUACGGGCGGAAGUCCUCCUGCUGUUCAAUCUACCGCCGUUCCUGAAAAUAACAAUACUACUACUAGUGAGGACAGUGAUGACAGUGCUCCUACUGCAGUUGUAGCUGGAAUUAAGCGACCAUCACCGGAACCCGCAGAUGUGGUUAAGGUACAGAAAAAACCAAAAGUCCAGAAGAAAAAGAAGAAAAGGGACCCGAACGAACCACAAAAGCCGGUCUCAGCGUACGCACUUUUCUUCCGUGACACGCAGGCAGCUAUCAAGGGACAAAAUCCAAAUGCGAGCUUUGGAGAAGUUUCCAAAAUUGUGGCAUCCAUGUGGGACGCUCUUGACAGCGAUCACAAAAGUGUUUACAAGAAGAAGACUGAAGCCGCUAAAAAAGAGUACUUGAAAGCAUUAGCGGCAUACAGAGCGUCUGUAGUGAGUAAGAGUGCCAAUGAGAACGAGCCCCAGCCCCCUCAACCCCCGCAACAGCAACAACAACCGCCGCAACAGCAGCAACAACAGCAACAGCAACAGCAACAGCAACAACAACAAGCAGUUCAAUACGGAGCUUACACCGGGUACGGGGCCAACCAAGGACCAGGAAACCAGGUUGCUUAUCAGGUUUACAGUCCCCAAUCUCACCAACCACCCUCGCCUCAGCAGCAGCACCAGCAGCAUCAGCAGCAACAGCAAAUGGCCAUCAAAAAAUCUCCCCAUCAUCUUUCUGGGAUGCAACCUACUCACCAGCAACAGCAGCAACCUCAACAACAGGGUUUAAUGGGGAAUCCAAUGGCGUCGCACAUGACGCAGCAGCAACAUAUGCAACAGCAAGUCUCCCAGCAGCAAUAUAUGCAGCAGAUACCUCAACAACAAGUACAACAAGUUCAAGUUCAACAGCAGCAAAUAAUGCACAUGAGUCCACCACGCGGUGAUCCUUUAUCGAGUCCACCACCAGUAGCCGGUCCUCAAUCAUCUCACGUGCAGAGACCACCACCCUCAAACGUAUGCAUGCGUCACGGAUGUCCCAAUCCUCCGAUCGUCAAUAGCGAGUGGGAAGAUGAGUAUUGCAGUAAUGAGUGCGUGGCUAGCCACUGCAGGUUUGUGGACGUGUUCACCGGAUGGGUCGCAUCCAACCAAAAUUCCCAAUCGAAUUUUUCAACGGUUAAGUAAAUUAAAGAAGAAAAAUACUAAUAAUAAAUUAUUGAUAUAAUAAUUAAGGAAGAUAAUUUUUGGAUUAUACUAGGUACCACAAGUUACAAGUUUAUAAUUUACUCGUAUCGUAAAAUAACGUUUAAGAUAAAUUUUAAAAUGAUAACCCACGAGUUUGUGGGCCUGUUGACCCGUUAAAGUAAAAUAAGUUUACACAAUAUAUAUGUACAUAAGUUAAUUAUUAAAAUUAAAAGAAGAAAAGAAGAAAAAAAAAAAAAA